AUGGCUCCAGGAGGAAAAUCAGCAGGAAAGGCGAUGAAAAAAUCGUCGGGCAAAGCGCAAAAGAACAUCGUCAAGGCCGGAAAGAAACGCAAGCCCAAGAGGAAAGAAUCGUACGGUAUUUACAUCUACAAAGUGCUGAAACAAGUACACCCCGAUACCGGCGUCUCCUCAAAGGCAAUGAGCAUCAUGAACAGCUUCGUCAACGACCUGUUCGAGCGCAUCGCCGCCGAAUCCAGCCGACUGGCUCACUACAACAAGCGUUCGACAAUCACCAGUCGGGAAAUCCAAACGGCUGUCCGUCUCUUGUUGCCCGGUGAAUUGGCCAAGCACGCCGUCAGCGAGGGCACAAAGGCCGUCACAAAAUACACCAGCUCCAAGUAA